GCAGCUCUGUUCUCGUGGCAAAAUAAAAACAAUCCCAAUUCGUCUCUUAAAUUUGUGAAUUAUUCUGGCAUUUAAACGAUGCUGCCUGGCGUUGGAGUCUUUGGAACUGGCGAGAUAGCCAACGUCCUGGUUCCGCUGCUCCGAGAAAAGGGUUUCGAGGUUCGGGCCAUUUGGGGCCGCACACUGAAGGAGGCCAAAGAGACGGCCACUACACAAAAUGUGCAAUUCCACACGAACGUUAUUGACGAUGUCCUGCUGCGCAAGGACGUGGACCUGGUGUUCAUUGUCUGCCAGCCGUUCCUGCACGCCGAGAUCUCGGUGAAGGCGCUUGGCAUUGGCAAGCACGUGGUCUGCGACAAGCCCGCCGGACUGCAUCAGCAAGAUGCCCUGAAAAUGGUCCGCGCCUCGCAGUAUUAUCCAACGCUGAUUUCUCUGGUGAAUCACCCGCUGCGGUUUCUACCCGCCUUCACGCACAUGCGUCGCUGCCUGCAGGAUGAGCUGAUAGGCUCCAUUGGCGACGUGGUGCUCAUGGAUGUGCGUGUACAGAUGGGCACGCUGUUCCCCGAGAAGUACAACUGGAUGUGCGACGCCCAAAUGGGCGGUGGAGCUCUGAAUCUAGUGGGAUCUGUGGUGGACUUGGUUAGUUUUCUGCUGCAGCAGCAGGCGAUUCGCGUCCACGGAGUCCUCCGUUCAUACACCAAGACCACGCCGGCCAUCAAUGGCAUCAGGCAGAUCACAGCGCCGGAUUUCUGCAACUUCCAGAUGGAGCUGACUACGGGAACUCUGGUGACCGUGGCCCUGCACAGUCAUACGGUGCCGGCAAAGGCAUUCUCCCAGGAAGUUCUUAUCUACGGCAGCAAAGGGCACCUGGUGGUGCGCGGCGGUGAUCUUUUCGUGCUCAAAGAGGGACAGCCCAAGGAGGAAGCAGUGUACGUGGACGUCCAGGACCUACACUUUGCCACAAACAACUCCUUGUUACCACGACCCUACAUCAAGGGCCUCUGCAAGAUGGUAGGAGCUCUCAAAGAAGCCUUUGGCAGCAAGGAAUCCUCCUGGGUCAAGGCACCCGUCUCCACGGCAGCCACAUUCGAAGAUGGCCUGUAUGUCCAGGCUGUGGUGGAGGCCAUCCGGAAAUCGAAUGAGUCCCGGCAAUGGCAAAGGGUCCAGCUGUCCACAGAUGCCCCUCUCAAUCACGAUCAGAUCAUUCGCUAUGCACGCAUGUCCACCAUGUAGUGUGUUCUUUGGAAAUUGGUGCAAUCACUCCAGGAAAUCAGUAUAUAAAUAUUUUUAUAUAAUUUUGUGUUUAGUUUGUAAGCAUUUACCAGAUUCUCGGCCUUUAGGCCCAGUGUCUCAUGUUCAUCAAUGUAUUUAACUUAUUAUAUUUAAAUGGCAUCGGCAUUUUGAAACUAAUAAAAUUUAAAUAUUUGUAA